AUGGCAGAAACUGCAGCAAAGAGACUCAAGACUUCUCCCGUCACCAUUGGUACCCACAAUGGUCAUUUUCACGCAGAUGAAGCCUUAGCUGUUUAUAUGCUUCGCCUUCUUCCCACCUAUCAAUCUUCAGAGCUUAUUCGGACUCGGGAUCCUAAAAUUCUAGAAACUUGCCACACUGUUGUUGACGUGGGAGGUGAAUAUAAUAAUGAAACCAAGAGAUAUGACCAUCACCAACGUACUUUCGAUACUACAUUCCCAGACCGUCCUACCAAACUCUCUUCUGCGGGGUUAGUGUAUAUGCACUAUGGCAAGGCGAUUAUUGCACAACGUCUAGGUGUCUCCGAGGAUGCGGAACAAGUUGAAAUUAUCUGGAAGAAGAUUUACCAGAGCUUCAUUGAAGCACUUGAUGCUCAUGAUAAUGGUAUCUCAGUCUACGACCCCAAGGCUAUUUCCGCUGCAGGAUUGGAGAAGAAAUUCAGUAAUGGAUCAUUUACAUUAGGUGCUAUGGUUGGCAGAUUGAACCCAAACUGGAAUGACCCCGCUCCCUCUGAUCCAGUCGAGGCACAAAAGGCAGAAGAUGAGAAAUUUUUGAUAGCUAGUACCAGAAUUGGCGAAGAAUUCUCAAGAGAUUUGGACUAUUACACGAAGUCAUGGUUACCAGCUCGAGCCAUUGUUCAGCAAGCAUAUGCCAAACGUCUGCAGUACGAUUCGAAGGGAAGGAUAUUGGUAUUUGAGGGCCAAUCUGUCCCAUGGAAGGACCAUCUUUACACAAUCGAGGAUGAAGAGAAGAGCGAAAACGAAAUACUCUACGUUCUCUACCCCGAAAACACAGCUCCAGAUGCGAAAUGGAGAAUCCAAUGUGUGCCAGCUAGUAAAGACUCUUUCCAGAGUAGGAAACCGUUGCCAGAGGCAUGGAGAGGUUUCAGAGACGAGGAACUGUCUGAACUUACUGGUAUCCCAGGAGGUGUGUUUGUUCACGCAGCAGGAUUCAUUGGAGGAAACAAGACUUUCGAAGGAGCAAGCAAAAUGGCAGCAGCAGCAGUUGAUUUGUGA